GCGCACGGGCCGGGCGUCUCGACUCCCGCGCGCGCUCGGCUGGUCCCAGUCCCCGGGAGAAGAAGCGGAGGAGGGAGCGAGCCAGCGAGGCGGCCCAGGGGAGCGGGCGCGAGUGGCGGCUGCCGGAGCCGCCUGUGCACGGGCGGCGGCGAGGCGAGGGUGGCGGUCGCCUGAGCAGCGAGAGCCGGGGCGGCGCGGAAUCCGCAUCCGCCGCGAGUGUGAUGAAGCUGCCCUGCCUCGCUGCUCCGCUUGCCGCCAGCUGACACCGCCUGCACCCAGCCCGCCCGGGAGGGGAGACGCCGCGGGGCCGUGACCUUGGCGGAGGAGGGCACACUGAGAAUUCUCGUAUCUGAGAGCGGACCAAGUUUUGAGCGACAUGGCCCAGGGGAAUAAUUACGGGCAGACCAGCAACGGGGUGGCCGAUGAAUCACCUAACAUGCUGGUGUACAGAAAGAUGGAAGACGUCAUAGCACGUAUGCAAGACGAAAAAAAUGGAAUUCCUAUUCGUACGGUCAAAAGCUUUCUUUCCAAGAUACCUAGCGUCUUCUCUGGUUCAGACAUUGUUCAAUGGUUGAUAAAGAACUUAACUAUAGAAGAUCCAGUGGAGGCGCUCCAUUUGGGAACAUUAAUGGCUGCCCAUGGCUACUUCUUUCCAAUCUCAGAUCAUGUCCUCACACUCAAGGAUGAUGGCACCUUUUACCGGUUUCAAACGCCCUAUUUUUGGCCAUCAAAUUGUUGGGAGCCGGAAAACACAGAUUAUGCCGUUUACCUCUGCAAGAGAACAAUGCAAAACAAGGCACGACUGGAGCUCGCAGACUAUGAGGCUGAGAGCCUGGCCAGGCUGCAGAGAGCGUUUGCCCGGAAGUGGGAGUUCAUUUUCAUGCAAGCAGAAGCACAAGCAAAAGUGGACAAGAAGAGAGACAAGAUUGAAAGGAAGAUCCUUGACAGCCAAGAGAGAGCAUUCUGGGAUGUGCACAGGCCUGUGCCUGGAUGUGUAAAUACAACUGAAGUGGACAUUAAGAAAUCAUCCAGAAUGAGAAACCCCCACAAAACACGGAAGUCUGUCUAUGGUUUACAAAAUGAUAUUAGAAGUCACAGUCCUACCCACACACCCACACCAGAAACUAAACCUCCAACAGAAGAUGAGUUACAACAACAGAUAAAAUAUUGGCAAAUACAGUUAGAUAGACAUCGGUUAAAAAUGUCAAAAGUCGCUGACAGUCUACUAGGUUACACGGAACAGUAUUUAGAAUACGACCCGUUUCUCUUGCCACCUGAUCCUUCUAACCCAUGGCUGUCCGAUGACACCACUUUCUGGGAGCUUGAAGCAAGCAAAGAACCGAGCCAGCAGAGGGUAAAACGAUGGGGUUUCGGCAUGGACGAGGCAUUGAAAGACCCAGUUGGGAGAGAACAGUUCCUUAAAUUUCUAGAGUCAGAAUUCAGCUCGGAAAAUUUAAGAUUCUGGCUGGCAGUGGAGGACCUGAAAAAGAGGCCUAUUAAAGAAGUGCCCUCAAGAGUUCAGGAAAUAUGGCAAGAGUUUCUGGCUCCUGGAGCCCCCAGUGCCAUUAACUUGGAUUCCAAGAGUUAUGACAAAACCACACAGAACGUGAAGGAACCUGGACGAUACACAUUUGAAGAUGCUCAGGAGCACAUUUACAAACUGAUGAAAAGUGAUUCAUACCCACGUUUUAUAAGAUCCAGUGCCUAUCAGGAGCUUCUACAGGCAAAGAAAAAGGGCAGAAACAUCCCUAUUUUCCCAUGCCAUAAAAACUGUACACCAACACUGAGGGCCAGCACUAACCUGUUAUGAAAAGAGGGGAAAUCUCUCACGUCCAAGAGGUUAACAAGCCUUGUUCAGUCUUACUAAACGGAUCAUCUUGUAGCAUGAAUGCAGACUGGAGUCACUGCACAUACUUUGUAGCUCGCUGUUGUGAUCUGGAGCAGAGGACAUUAGAACAAGAUGUUGCAUGAGCAAAGGACCUAAAUUGUUAUUUGUGUGUGUACAUUCCAUCUCCAGUGGACUCUUCCAUCUCAAUGCCUCCAUUCCAAACUGUUGUCUGCUUUCUUUCUCCCUCUACUUACGCUGGAUCUGUGUCUUUUCCUUUUUAACAAGUUCAAGUGAAGUAAAACCUUUUCUUUUUUUCCUUCUCUCUCUCUCUCUCUCUCUCAAAGCUUCAGCUAGACACACAGUUCACUGAAAAUUCAGUCAGUCAAAAACUGGAAGAACUGUAAAAGAAAAAAGUAUAUAUCAAUAAGUAUACAUACGGCUUCACAUUUAUUAAACAGUAAAUUCGCACAGAAAGUUUCAUUUCACCAAUGUAUCCACAGUUGGAAAGAAACUCCUGUCUUUGUCUGUUGUCUGUACAUUCUCCGUUAAUGUUUCUUGCAUUUAUUUUUAUACCAUAUUUAAAGAAGAAACACCUUUUACUCCAAAUGUAUUAAAGUUGUUCCCUUCUCUGUAAA